GCGGGUUCUCAUUUCUGUCGCUUCAUGAAUCGAGUGAUUUCAUGAAUUUCCUGUUUAAUUGUGUUUCUAUCCUUUGAACACCUCGGUCGACGAAUUGCCCUUGCUCAAUCGCAAGUGGAUUGGCGGAUUUACAGUAAUUUCGAACGGGGCUGUUAGUCCACGUAACGCACCCCACGAAUCGCGCAUACAUAGGACUCGGCCGCAACUGUUAAUGACCCCCCCUUCCCGCACACUUUAGGCAGCCGUUUUGUUAUACUUUUUUCUUACCUGUCAACCACACUUUCACUUUGCCAUCAUCAAACCAGUUUCUAGGUAGUCGUUGGCUGCCUAUGCGAUGAUGCGCGGCCUUCUGAAGGCUGCGCUGUGGCUGACGCCGGCGCUUGCGAGAGCUUUCCAAGACAACCCACCUUCUGCCUUUAUCCGACUUGACCUUGCCACUAAAGAGGAUGAUUCUCCAAGGGAAACCUCACUUCGACUGAGUGUACUCGAGUCGGCAGAAUCAUGUGGUUACGGAAAUGUUACUCUUAAUGGCCACUCUUUGAUCCAGGAUGACGCCGGAAUCGGCUCGGGAUCUAUCACAACGGAUCAAGGUAACAUCAUUGUUGCCAGCUGGACAUUUUCCUGCGUAGACUCGGAGACGAACCAUCAAGAGCAGGCGUUGAGCCUCAAAGUGGACUUCAUCGAUAGCAAGCAAGUCGAAGGAUUGGGAUUUACCGUCCAGUUCCAGCAAACGAGUCCCACUUGGGUCACAUAUAUCGAGGGAGCUGAGUCGGUCAUCAAAGCUCCGAAGCUCGUUUUCCCAUCCAAGGACUUUAAGAACAAGGACGUCAACAAUGACCUGGAGAACGAGAUUGCUGAACUUGAGUACAUGAAGAUGCAACUUGUCGAACUGGAGCAGGCGAUAUUCAUGAAGGAACAGUUUUUGGCUGAGGCUUUUGGCUUCCAUGACAAGAUUUCCAAGGUCACCGACUGCGAUAAUCUCAAGUGUAUUUUCCUGUCCGUCUACGACAGUGUGAAGGGCGCCGCCAGUAAGGUAUACGGAGAAGGAUUCGACUUUGGCGACCGACAUCACAGGCAUCACGGCCCGUACAGAGGUUUCGGUAAGGGGAAGCAUGGCAAGAAGCCUCACGGGUUCUCUCAGGAUCAUAAUAACCGCAUGCACGGGAACGAAACCUCCCCGCAUCCUCCGCACCACGGCAAGGCUCCCCCGUUCUGCCACUGCCCGCCACCACCGCAUCACGGGUUUGAACACGGUGGACCGCCUUUUGACCAUCAUCAUGGACCUCCAGACGAGAGAUUCCCAUUCCAUCAUCCUCAUCAUGGCCCGCCGGGUGAAGAACCCCCCUUCGGUCACCCUCAUCAUGGCCCGCCGGGCGAAGAACCCCCCUUCGAUCACCCUCACCAUGGCCCGCCGGGUGAAGAAUCGCCCUUCGGCCACCCUCACCAUGGUCCGCCAGGUGAAGAACCGCCCUUCGGUCACCCUCACCAUGACCCGCCAGGUGAAGAGCCUCCAUUCGACCACCAAGGCCCGCCAGGCGGGGAACCUGAUUUCAACCAUCCCCCGCCGGCGGAUUACGAAGCAAGACCAGAGGGUCCUUAUGGCAACAUACCCCCACCGCCUCCGCCAAGAGAGAGUGAAAGGGAGCACCCGUUGCACCUCACUCAAGCAGGUGACCAUCCUCCUCCUCCGCCUCCACCUGGCGGCGAACACCCGCCGCCUCCGCCCCCGCCAGAUGGACGACAUGGGCCUCCUCACCAUGUUCAUGGGCACCCCCACGGCCCUCCACCCCCAUUUGACCUCCACCAAUUCGCUGCGAGCGUCUCGGUCUUCCGAGUCCUCGCGACAGUAAUAGUCCUCGGUUUCCUCCUCAGCAUCCUGCACACCCGCUGCAUUACGAGCAGAAGAAAUUGUGCCCGCCGCCAAGAACGCUAUGAACAGCGCAUCGUACAGAAGACGAGGCUGAUGAAGCUACUAAAGAGCCUCAAGAACUUGCUUGCAGGCCGCAACGCCGAAGAUGAAGAGAAAGACGCCAUCAUGCGCCAAAUCGGCCAGGAGAGCGACGAGGACAGCUUGCCCACAACUAUGGAGGAGGAAAUCGCCCAGUUCAGGAGUGCGGCCGGAGUGGUCGGCGACAUGGUUGCCGCCGAGGAAGGCCGCGCCAGAGAAAUGUUGCAGUGCCAACGCCAACAUGCCAUGCCCAGGGCCAUUCCUUCGAGCCCCAUAUCCCCAUUUCUGGACUACAUGUCGGUCGAUGAAGCGCUCCCAGCAUACGAUGACACAACGGAGGACUCGAGUUAUGUGGCAGAUGGCAUGCGGGGUGGCUCCAGGUAUACGCCGAGCGACAGUUCCGUUGCUGGGUCGCUGGAUGAUGUCCUGGGCCGAAAGGAUUAAAUUUAAUAUGAUAGACACAUGUGAGGAAAGAGGCAGAGCUCCCCGAGAUGUUGGGAUGAGAUUACACGAACGCCGUGUACCAAAUUUUCUUAUGUUCCGAGUUCAUUAACUUUGGGUCUGACCAGUCUAGCACGCCGUCGCAAGUAGACAGACGGUACUAUCAUUGGGUUGCGGGAGAGACCAUACAUGCUGUUGGCAAUAAUGUCUUCCCACCACUGUCGGGUUCUUUGGCGGUUUCUACAUGUAGCGUUUAAUACUACGCAACGUUGAAGCAC